AUGGACGAUACGCCUGAUCUCGAUACAAACGCCUUCCUGGAAAGCGUGCGCGAACUCAAGGAGAAGAGACAGAGGGAAGACAACGAGCGUCAGGAGCAGCUAGAAGCGCAGAUCGCAAGUUCGCGACUCGCUCGCAAAUUGGGUCCGUCACACGACCCUCCCAUUCGCAACAACACCGCCUUUACUGACAGAGACAUGCAGNAGAGCGAGCGAGGCAUGCCAUCACCAUCAAUGUCACCGUCAACGAGUCCGCACAGGGCCUCCNCCAGCAGCGCCGUACCCUCUCGCGCCAGCACUCUUUCGCGCCCACCCCGCAGUCGGCCCAUGUCUGUUGACAUGGGCUCACCCACCAGGGCUUCCUCAGUCAGGCCUAUGAGCAUGAUGUCUAUCCCCGAGAAGGGGACCCCUCUUCCUUCCCGCGACUCGCAACGCUUUGCUGCCCCGGACAAUGCUGAUGGCCUCGGUCGUGCCAUGUCGAGCGCGCAGAGUCGUCUGGAUCGGCCCAGCUCACCGACCAAGGGUAUGGGUGGCUUCGUGCAGAGCGCCAUGCUCAAGCGCAACGACAGUGUCAACAAGAGGUGGAGUGUCACGGCCGGUCCUUCAACCCUGACCCGUAACGAUUCGACUGCCAGUUUCCGCAGCGCCGCCAACGCCGACGACACUCCUGCUCGCCCUUCCUCAAGCCAUAGCACCAUCAGCAACCUCAACAUUGCUCCUGAUUCAGAUCUCAAGGAGGAUAAACCCGAGAGACCAGCCACUACAAGACAUUCGCGCUCGAGAUCCAUGGCUUCCUUCUCGGGUCAAGAACCGAUUCCUGAAGGCCUCAUGUCUCCUCCACUCAGCCCAAACAAGAGAUGGAGUCGCAGUCCCACCAAAGCUAGUUGGCUCGAAAGCGCUCUCACUCGCCCAGACUCGCCCAAGCCGCUUGCAUCACCACAAUCGAAUCAGCCCAGUUGGAUGACCGACCUCGCCAAGGCAAAACAACAACGCGGUACUGCUGAGGCUUCGCCAUCGCAGGAAAACAUCGACGCUGCGAAGGCCCAGGACACGCCUACCUUUGGUCAAGGUUUACUAAAGAGGUCGUCCAUGAGGAAUACUCCAACACAUUCUCCCAGCGCAUCCAGAAACGUUACGCCUCCUACCAAGGCCAAACCUAUCUCACUCGCAGGCAAAUCUGCUCUACCAGACCCGUCCACUCCCUCGCUCGAUCUGGCGCCGAAGCUAUUCGAAAAGACGAAACCAGAAAAGCAGGAGCCGGUCAAGGAGGUACCUGAGAAAGAGGAGAUUGAGCAAAACCUCUCUAGAGAGCAACACCGAGUGGACAGCAACUAUCUUGACAAGAGGAAGGAAGGUACUCCCAAGAAGGAAGAGGCUACUAAGCCAACCCCUUCGAAGACAAGAGACUACACCAAGACCGACUUCCGCUCAGGCUUGAAAUCAAGAAGUGGCACUAUCGGUGCGCAGUCAGAGCAAGAGCCGGAAUUCAAAGCUCUGUUCGGCAAGCUUAAGAAAGCCCAGACUGAGAAGUACGUGGCACCCGACGAGCUGAAAAGCAACAUUCUUCGUGGCAAGGCAGGUCUGUCUCUCAGUGCCGGUCCUCAAAAGACAGAGCGGCGCGAUGAGUUAAAGGAGAGUUUGUUGAAGAAAAAGGAAGAGAUGAACAAAGCAGCUGCAGAAAAACCUGCACCGGAACCGAAGAUCUCCCCAGCACCUUCAUCUGUGCCGGAAGCACUCUCUAUCAGAAAACAGCUUGGCCGAUCAAACAGCACACUCAAUGUUCCUGCCCCUGCCAAAUCGCACAGAGAUAUCACCCCUGAGGCACUGUCAUUCCACAAGAACCUCAGAGGCAAGGCCAAGGCACCUGUUCCUGAGAAGAGAAGCAGCGUCGUCGAGAAGAUAGAACUCAAGCGCACUUCCGUAGAAGCAAAGCCAUCUGCCGCUGUUGUUGUUGAGAAACCUACGGAUGUGGCACCAAUCUCGUCCAAGACCGAGGACAGACCCGAACCAGAGACAAAAGAGCUUCCGGAGCCAGAAAAACGUGAGCUCCCCAAAAUAGCAAAACAGGAGCUUCCUAAACCAGUACAGCAGGAGUCAUCUAAGCCUCAGGUGCAAACAAGACCCAUGUCGAACAAGAUUGUCGACAGGUUCAAUCCAGCUCUUGUGGGACUAUUAGCGCGCGGCCCGCCGAGUGCAUCAAACACGCCGCCAUCAGGGAACCCCUUCUCACCUCCUGCAAUAAGCCAUGUCUCGUCUGCACAAGAUGAGCCAGGAGAGGGCACUCAACUCACGCACAUGACCAAGAGUCGUGCUAAGGGACCGAAGAGACGCAAGCCAAAGUCAAGUGCGCAGGAAGCGAACCCUGAACCUGAAAAGCGCAUCUCUUUAAUGACCCCUGUGCCUGAGAAGCGUGUGUCUUCUAUGACGAAUGAGUCUGAGAAGCGUAUGUCCUCUACCCCGUCCGUACCUGGGAAGCGUAUCUCGUCAAUUAACUCGGCCAAAUCAAUCGACUUGCCAUCACCGAGCUCGCCUGUGACUAAGACUCCUGUGCAACCUCGACCCAAGUCUGCGGCUGUGAGGGCCGCAUCGAUCAAUCUCUCUAAGCCGCCGGUUGCUGAGGUAGAGAAGCCCGAGACCUCUACACCUACUAAGUCAAUGACGUUCCCUCCUGUUCGAUCAGACAAGCCAGCGACUACUGUGUCAGCCAGACCAUCGCUUGAGUUGGUGACAGCCGCUGGUGCAGAAAAGCCUAAGCCUAUCACGCCUGCAAAGCCGACACAUAGCACUCCUCCAUCCACGAGUACCGACAAGCCGGAGAAACCUGCUUCCUUCAAAUUGCCCCUUCGUACUUCCUCAGCUGGUUCCUCAGUGAGCACAAAACAUGCGCCUAACCCUAUCUCUCCUCCUUCCACUUCUCGCCAACCGUCUGGUUUCAGCCGACCACUCCCUGGCAAGGCUCUUCCAGGCAUGGCCACCGCUAUCUCAAGAUCUCAGGACAAGCCCUUGCCGCCCUUGAACACAACUGAAGCGGAUAAGGAAAACCAGAGUUUCUCAUCAGUCAAGGGUGCUGCUUCUAUGUGGGGAAAGCCUGCACAGACGACUCCACAGAAGCGGGCCCCUAUAGAGUUGCCAACCAGGAAAGAUGAAGAGGCCGCGAUGUUAUCUGCUGGACUCCUCUCGAACUCUCCGCUUAGAUACAACGCGUCGCCAAAGACAGGACUCGGUAUCACUGAGGACACCAUCAAUCAGCCAAAGCGAACUAAUGGCCAUGAGCAAGUACAAUCACCCAGUGCCAGAGUUCCACCCAAGCCCGCCAAGAGCUCAAGAGUUGUCAGUGGUCAAUUGAGUGCCAAAGGUUCUCGCUCAGGAGAGUCUGACAAGAUCAAAACUCUGCGAAACUCGAUUCAAGAGAUCAAGUCUGACGGCACUCUAAUUCCUCUACCAGCACAACAGGAGCACAUUUUGUACGAGAACUCUAUGUACGUCUGCACGCACAUCUUCUACACUGCCAACAUGACGAGGAUGGCUGAAGUGUACCUCUGGUGUGGUGAUCGCAUCUCCGAAUCAACCAUUCAGGAGACUCAAGNNUCAACACAACUGUACAUUAUUGAUCAAGCUCGUGAGCCCGCGAACUUCUUCCAAGCGCUUGGUGGCAUCGUGAUUACUCGUCGCGGCUCACGCGCAGAGAACUUGAAGGAACCUUACAUGCUUUGCGGUCGCCCCCACAUGGGACAUAUCGCGUUCGAUGAGGUUGAUCGCAGCAAGAAUAGCCUGUGCUCUGAGUAUCCCUACAUCGUUGCCCGUCCGAUCACACUCCAGGAGACGAAGAUCUGGCUGUGGAAAGGCAGUGGUUGUGUGGCGACUGCCAUUGGGAGCACUCGUCUAAUCUCUAUGGAUCUGAAUCCUGGUGGCGGUUUUACUGAAGUUGAUGAAGGCAAAGAGACGGCAGAAUUUCUUGCGGAAAUCCAUGAUUCUGCUGACUCGAGCAUUUGUCAGUCUCCGGCACUUUGGAGGGGCAGAUGCGGCAAUUGGGAGCAUUCUUCAGUGCGCCUGUUCAGGAUUGAAGCGAAGGAGAAGCCCAAGCAAACGGCUACCUCUCUUNUUACGAGCUACUUCUCCCGACGUCCCUCCUGGAGUGCGCCCAAAUCCCCCAACAUCGAUGGAUCAAGCAAAUCGCCAAACGCCGAGUUUGAGGCAUCGAUAUCGGAAAUUGCACCUUUCACGCAAGACGAUCUAGAACCAGAGGGUUGCUACGUCCUCGACGCCAACUCUGAGAUUUUGGUUCUGCCCGGACCUCUACUUUCGAAACAGGGCUUGUGGCAGCAUGCAUUUGUACAAGCAUGUUUGUUCUCGCACGACUACGCUAUUUUGUCUGCCAGCUUAGAGGACAGGCCCGCUAUCCCCAGAGCGAGGGUUGUGUUGGGCGGUCUGCGCAGAGAAAUCAAAGUCAAGUUCAGGCGUUGGGAAGAAAGGAGAGGGCUUUGGGGAUCUGGUGGGUUGAUGGCUGGGAAGGCUACCAGCGAUGAUGGAGGCAUGCUCGAUGUUAGAGAUGCUCUGGGUGUUUGUUGCGGACCUUGA